AUGGUAGACCCGAUGGCAUCCCCUUCGCCAAGGGCCUACGCUAGAUCGUUGUGUGUGUGAAGGACUUCGAGAUGACAACAAGAAUAGUACCUGGUUGAAAUUGACGAGCUACAGUGGUCAAACCAUGCCACUUCUGCCGGAAAACAGGCUCGAUGGGCAGCGUUGCGAGGGCACCGCUGAGGCUAUCUUCUAACAAUCUUCACUUUCGCCUUGUCACGUUCACCUUGUCACCUUCAUCUUUUCUCUUUCACCUCUCCAUUUUCACCUUGUUCCUUUCGAUUUAUUUGCAACUUAACCGCACCGAUCUCCCUUCCUUGCCCUUCGACAAAGUACGUAUCGAAGCCUACCGUCCUCGAAGCCACCUCCUUGAAGCUCCUCCUCGAAGCGCACUGUCCUCCGCGAUGUCCGACUACUCCGAUGAACGGGAGGACGAUGGCCCACUAAAGGAACUCGAUGAGCAAAAGCACUGCUCAACGACAAGAGUUAGUGCUCAAUGGGACGAUGGCUUGAGAGCACCAAGGAAUCUCAUCCCACAAUGCCAUACGACAAUCCCUGAAGACCAGCUCAGCGACGAUAACUUACCUCCAUUCUAUAGGAAGUUGUCUUGCAAUCAAGCAUGCUCUCUAUUGAAAGCGAAGGAGUCCGGCAAUAUCACCUUGACUCAGGUUAUGUUCGCCGAGUUCUGGCCCGAAGAUUCCAUGGCAAAUGGUACUUUGAGGAAGAAUCGUGAACCUACAGGCGAUGCCUAUCCACAUCCCGAAGAUCUCUCAGCAAAGCAGCUGAACAAGGCGAGCGUCUCAGGGAAUGACACUACUCCUAUCACCGACUGGGAGAAGAAUAUAGGUCGCACCUUUCUGUCUGCCGGAAGAAGAAUGGUUGACGACCCGGAUUACAAGUAUUCCGAUGCUCAACGCGCAGAGAUCUACCAAGAAACCAUCAAAAAGAAGGACGAAACCAUAAAGUCCCUGAAGAGGCAACUAGAUGACUCUUCCGAGCCGAUCGGUACGCCAAAGAGGACGAGGCUCAGUAACUCAAGUCUAGAGAGCCCUGCCACAAGCAAUGAUGUUGCUAGCCUCCAACAGCAGCUCGCUGAGGCUAAGCGGGAAUUUCUACAGACAAAGAGGAAUUUGACAAGGCAAACGCGGAGAAGGAGAAUCUACAGUGUGACAAGGAAGAAUUAGCUCUACAACUUGACGAGGAGAAAAACAAACUCGCCGCAGUGAGUGAUUUCGAAGCAGAAAAACUUCAGCUUCGUGAGCAGGUCAGUCGGCUAGAGAAGCGCUAUGAGAAGGACACAGCAAUCAUUGCACCCAUUCGUGCAGUUCUUCUGGAAGGCUUCCGAAUGCUGGACGCAAAUGCUCAGGGCUUUGGCAACGGAAUCGACUACAGCAUUGAUCCGCUCAACAAGGAAAAUCCGUGUCUUCCAGGAGUUUUGACAGAAUUCCGUAAAGUGUUACGACUUGGGGAGGACGUAACAGCUGCCGCCGGUACCAUUCCCGACGCAAAAAGCGAAAAUGAAGCAUAACAUUCA